ACGCUGCGGGCUUUAGGACCCGUCUGUGCUCAGUCCUCCAUGGCUUUGUAUGUUUACAGUGAGAAUUGUAUGGCAGGAAUUUUCUAACAUCAAAUAUUUAAACAUCAUUUGCAUCGAUACAGAAGUCCCAAUGGAGACAGGGAUCCUGUGACACAGUUAUUUGGAUGGAGUCCUCGCGGAGCAUAGGGGGUCACUCCCGCGAGUACAAAUUGGUGAUGUUAGGAGAGGGGGGUGUGGGAAAAAGUGCCAUCAUCAUGCAGUUUAUAAGUCACAGAUUUCCAGAGGAUCAUGACCCCACUAUCGAGGAUGCCUAUAAAACACAGAUCCGCAUAGACGAUGAGCCAGCAAACCUGGACAUCUUGGACACAGCAGGACAGGCGGAGUUCACAGCCAUGCGUGAUCAGUACAUGCGAGCGGGUGAAGGAUUCAUCAUCUCAUACUCCAUCACGGACCGCCGCAGUUUCCAGGAGGCUCGCCACUUCAAGCAGCUGAUCUACCGCGUGCGGCGCACCGUCGACACCCCCGUGGUGCUGGUGGGGAACAAGUCUGACCUGGUCCAUCUCAGACAGGUGUCUGUAGAGGAGGGCAAACAGCUGGCGAGGGAGUUCCAGUGCCCAUUUUUCGAGACCUCCGCGGCGUUCCGCUAUUACAUCGACGAGGUGUUCGCUGCACUGGUGCGUCAGAUCCGCCAGCGCGAGGCCGAGAUGGUGCGGGGCAGCGAGAGGAAAACCCGGCGCAGCCAUUCCUUCUGGAGCCGCCUUAAAGCCCCCUUCCAUAAGAAACAGCAGUCCGAGCACUGAGAGAGGUGCAUGAUGGGAUACCACGCCCUUCCCACCUGCAGCUGUAUUAGUCCCAUCUCCCUCAGAUGGUUUGAGAACUGUAUUUAUAAUUGUCUCCCAAUCAUUUCAGUUAGACUAAACCCUCACUGUGCAGGACACACUCACCGUCGUCAUUUGGGACGUGGGCUGAUUUACUGAUGUUAGAGAUUCAGAAAGAAAUAUUAAACUUGACAGUAGUUAUUAUUUAGUAUUUUUGGACAGCAUUAUACUUUGUGAAGGUGAAUGUCUGGGGGAUUGCUGUACCUCAUAUUUUAGCGGAUGGGAAUGCGGAAGGAUGUGUUUUUUUGAAGUGAAGAGAGGUGCAGGGUCACGUCAGACCCGGGUCAGAGAUUUGCUAGUUGGAAUAAAAUGAAGGUCGAAUGAGUUUCAGAGAGCAUGUUGUGCAGAGCAGAAAGAAGGAGAAGGAAGCGACGUGUUGCAGGAUGGGUAAAUCUGCAAGGGUUUAUGGUAGAAAUAUUAAUCUGCCAGUAUAAUGAGUACUGUGAACCAUUCCUUUUGUUAGACAUAUUUAAACAGUUGAUUCAACAGCAACUCUGUUCUUUAGCUUCUUUUUAAAAACUGGGUGGAUAACAUGUCCGGGUCACAUUUCACCCCAAAAGUGUGUUAUAAUUAUUAUUAUUAUUAUUAUUUAAAAUAAAUAAUUUAAUAAAUAAUCAAUAAGAUGGGAUGCACUGCAAAAUAUUUUCAUAACUGGAAGCAGAUUCCUCCCAAAUACUAGGAUGUUUUACAUUUGAGUUUGAAAUUUACAAUUAUUCACAUUUUUUUAAAUUAGAUUCUCAUUACUGUAAUGCAGUAGUAUUUUACAACUUAAUAUAUUUUUCAUUAUACAGUACAUUAAUGAUAUAUUUUUUUAAAUUCAGAUGCAGAUGUUAAAGUGGGGUCGCUUUAUUGUUAUGGAAAUAAUGCAAAAAAUGCUCCUAAAAAUGCACUCUUCUUAAAUCAAAAUAGAGUUUAUUAUAUUCUAAAUAUAAUUAUUAUAUUUUGAUCUGAAAUAUGACCUGGACAUGUGAGAUUCAGUCAACUAGGAUGCAUUUGAUGGAAACUGAGCUGUAUGAAUUAGUUGCAAAAUACACUGUAUGAAUGUUUUUUAUUUUAUUUUUUAUUUUAUUUUGCUGAGCAAUAUUCAGGUCCACCUUUGAGCACAUUCACAGGCUGACCAGCUUGAUUAUGAUUGAAAACAAAAUUGUUUCCUUUUUUACACAGGGUCAUUUUUCCCCAGUGGUGUCUGUAGUCAGUGUGUAGGCAAGGAAAGACUUUAAUGUGGCUUCUGAUGUGGAUUUCCUCUCUUACACAUGCUGUGCGCUUACUGCGCAUCACAUUUGAAUAGUAUGUCUGUUCAUUCUGGCAUUUCAUGCAAAUUCAUGUCAUUGUUUUUCUUGUUAUUAUUAGAUUUUAUUUUUUAAGCAGAAUGGGUUUACUAUAUUUUCCUUUAUUUAUUGUUAUCAAAGAUUCUCAAAUAAAAUUCACUUUACCAAUCUA